AUGGAUCGCCAUAACGGAUACCGCCGUCCAGAACAGGAUGGCGACGACGGAGAAGAUGGUCCGUACCAUGUCUAUGAACCCGGUGAAGAUAACGAUAUUACAGAAAUAUCACGCUCUGAAUACGACCGUCAACAGUUUGAACAGGCCCAACAUCAUUACGCUCCAGAUAAUAAUCCUUACGAACCUCACCAUGAUGUCGAUGACUACUACUAUGACCCCCCAGGUGUCGUUUCCGGGACCCCGGAACCUCCACAACAGCAACAGCAACGACAGCAACAACAACAACGACAGCAACAGCAACAACAACAACAACAACAACAACAACAACAAUCUACUCUUCAAACAAACCCCCUAACAGCUCCUGUACCAGCUGCUUCUUCACCAUUACGGUUCCCUGAUCAUAGGCUCUCCUACCUCGACCAAGGCAGCACAGCCAUCCAGGAUGCUCCGGAAUCAUACCUGCUUCACGACAUGACCAUGCCCGAAGCUGCCCCAGCACAUCCUAAUCAACACUUCCCAACUUUUCUUCACAUGUCUCCACGCCCACGUCCACGUGCCCCUGCUGCCUUUGAUGCCGUUGAUACCUCCUACAACCCAUACUCGCCGGAUCCCAGUACUCCAACCCCGCGAGGCGCAGCAUCUCCAGAGUUUGAUCCGCCACAGCCUACUGUCAGAUUUGAUAAUGAUGAAAUCCACAACUACUAUGUAGGAGCUCAACUUGGCCGUAAUCAAAAUAAUAACAAUAAUGAAGACGAUGACGACGAUGAUGAUGACUAUGACUUCAUGCCUUUCCCUAUGGCCCCAGGUGACAACUACCAAGUCAAUUCGUACAUGCCAAACUACCGGCCAGAUGAAGAUGAUGAAACGCUUUUGGAGUCGUCACCCCAACGGGCUCCACCCGAGGGGGAAAUCACACACAUGCCAGAGCCCCAACAGUACCCCGGUGACUCCGAAAACCACCAGAUCAUGCCCGAAAUGCCCGUCAUCCCACCCCAGCAAUAUGCCAUGGCUUCUGAUACUCAGCUCAUCCAACCCCAAGGCCCACAAAUGUAUGGGCCUCCACCCAUUCAACAGGGCCCUUCACUACCUCCGGGCCCACCACCAGGACUGCGCCCCCAAGAUAAUGCUAUCAUGGUGCUUUUCCAUGGUGCGCUUGUCAUGGACUGUCCCAUUUCUUUGCACAUUCGUCGUGAAUUCCGUACAUAUCUCGAAAAUGCGCAUAAGGCUUCCGUGGCUGCUGCAAAAGCGGCUGGCGAAGAACCUCCAGCUUCAUUACCCAAAAAACUGGAAGAACCACGCGAAUUUCAAUACAUGAGAUACUCAGCUGUCACAUGUGAACCAGAAACCUUCUUUUCUAAAUUCUCAUUACGCCAACAAUGGUACGACCAUACUCGUCAAACUGAAAUCUUUAUUUGUGUCACCCUCUAUAACGAAAAUGAAAUUCUUCUAGCCCGCACACUCCAGGGAAUUGCUCGUAACAUUGAGUUUUUUUCCAAGCGCAAGUCGGCCCCUUGGGGUGUCGAAUCCUGGCUUAAAAUUGUUGUCUGUGUCGUGGCAGAUGGCCGUGAUAACCUUAAUCCACGCUCGCGUAUGCUCAUGGAACGCCUCGGAGUGUUUCAAUCAGACGUGUCUCAAAAUAUGGUUGGUGAUGACGAGGUCAAGGCCCAUUUAUAUGAAUACUCGACGAUUCUCGGAGUCAAAGACAUUAAAAACACCGUCACUUUUAAAACAAUGCGUUUCCCCAUGCAGUACAUCUUCUGUGUUAAGGAACACAACAAGGGCAAAAUCAAUUCCCAUAGAUGGUUCUUCCAAGGCUUCUCCAAAAUUCUGCGUCCAAAAAUUUGCAUGCUCAUCGACGCAGGAACGGUUCCAAGUGACCAUGCCAUUUACCAGAUCUGGAGCGCUUUUGAGCGUGACCCGUUCGUGGGCGGUGCGUGCGGCGAGAUCCGAGCAGGCCUGGGUAAAGGUUGGCGCAAACUGCUUACUAAUCCGCUUGUGGCUGCCCAAAACUUUGAGUACAAAAUGUCAAACAUUCUAGACAAACCCAUGGAGUCUGUCUGUGGUUUCAUCACUGUGCUACCAGGUGCUUUCUCAGCUUACCGGUACCUGGCAUUGAUCAACAUCAACGGCCUAGACGGAAUUGCACCCGAAGACCUUGAUAAUGAGGGACCUCUACAAAAAGUCCCUUCUGAAGGUGCCCGUGGGCCUAUGCAAGACCCGGGGGAAGAGCCUGGAGCAGAAGCUGUGCGUGCUUACGACCCCAUUGGCACUGACCCGCUUUUGCGUGACUCUCCACUUGGACAGUACUUUAAGGGAGAAACCGAGAAGCUGCGUGGCAAAAGUGCAGGUAUCUUUACGGCCAAUAUGUACUUGGCUGAAGACCGUAUUUUAUGUUUUGAGUUAAUCACCAAGCGCGGAGAGCGCUGGAUCUUGCGUUAUGUCAAAUCUGCUCACGCAACCACUGAUGUCCCUGAACACCUUUCGGAGCUCGUUCUGCAGCGCCGUCGUUGGCUUAAUGGUUCCUUUUUCGCCGCCAUCUACUCCGUCUCACACAUGUAUCAUCUCUCGCGUUCAGGCCACCAUCUUUUACGCAAGCUGGUACUUUCCAUUGAGUUUUUGUACCAAACAGUGUCAAUUAUUUUCUCAUGGUUUGCCAUUGGAAACUUUUUCCUUGUCUUUCAUAUUCUUACAAGGUCUCUUUCGGACUCCGCGCUUAACUUUUCCCCAGGCGCCGCACUUGCCCAAAUCUUCCUAUGGAUUUAUUGUGCAUCAAUCAUCUCAAUCUUUGUUCUUUCCUUUGGUAACAGACCUAAAGGUACUCAAUGGUUUUACAUUCUUGUUGUGGGAUUCUUCGCAGUUCUCAUGGCUUACCUACUCUUUGCCUCCAUCUACAUCUCUGUCAAGUCCAUCAUCUACACUUUAUGCAUCAGUGGCGGUCACAUCACUAUUUCAUUUGUUUUCCGCAAUCCGUUGUUCCGCGACCUUGUAGUGUCGCUCAUGAGCACUUAUGCACUCUACAUUGUGUCAUCGUUGUUGUUCCUUGACCCCUGGCACAUUCUCACCAGUUCUUUGCAGUACUUACUAAUUGCACCUUCAUACAUUAAUGUUCUCAAUGUGUAUGCCUUUUGUAACAUUCACGACAUUUCCUGGGGUACUAAAAGUGAUGACAAAAUCAAAAAGGAUUUGGGUGUGGUCAAAAUCAAGGACAAUAAGAUUAUUGAACUCCAAGUCCCUCAACAUAUUUCUGCUAUUGAGUCGUCCUAUCUCAUGGCUCUCGACACCCUGAGCACCCCUGCUCCUAAAGAAAAGGUGGUCGUUCCAGAAAAAAUUAAAACUACCGACUGGUAUGCUUUGUUUCGAUCUACUGUAGUUUUGGCUUGGAUUUUUAGUAAUCUUGCUUUAAUUAUUGUUGUUUUGAACGUUGCUGGAUGGAGCGCUUUUGAAAACUCAGACUCGGAUUCCACUUCUUCUUCUUCUUCUUCUUCUUCUUCAAAAAGAGCCAUCACAGAAACGGCCCUUGAUAUGUUGCUUACAAAGAAGGACUUGGUUCCCUCAGGUAUUGGUGCGGUUGGCGAGUACAUUAAAGCCGUGGCUAUUGCCGCACGUCAAACUACGUCAACCAACGACACAUCGUCAUGCGGCACACUGGGCAUUGGCGGUACAGUACGUACAGAAGUUUACUUGACAGUUAUUUUGUGGUCUGUGGCAGGUCUAGCAGCGUUCCGAUUUAUAGGAGCUGUGACCUACGUUGUUUUAAGGCUUCUUGGUCUUCAUUGA